AGGGGCUGCCCCGGUUCAGCAUCCUGGAGUCCCUGGAUGACCAGCCCAUCGCUCGCUAUGACAGCAACACGCAGGAGUAUCGCUCACUAGCACCUUGGAUGGAGGAGGUGAAGAAGCAGGAGCCCCUUUGGGAGGAGUACGCUGGAAUAGCAAGGAAGGCAGAGCAGGACUUUGGGAGAAACCUGGUGACCCUGCAGAAGUACUACAACCGCAGUGAGGGAUUUCACACCUUGCAGUGGAGGUAUGGCUGUGAGCGGAACGACUAUUCAGAAUUAAGAGGUUCCGACCAGGAUGGUUACGAUGGGAGGACUUAUAUCAGCUUUGACAAGCAGACUCUCAGCUGGACAACAUAUGAUGCAGCAGCUCAACUAUCCAAGAGGAAGUUGGAGGGGGACCCGUCAGUUGCCAAGCACAUAGAAUACUACUUGAAGGAAACUUGCAUUAAGAUGCUGUCGAAGCGCCUGACGUAUGGGAAGGAAGCUUUGUUGAGGACAGAGCCUCCAGCAGUAAAGACGAUGGUUAAGGCAGAGUUCCCUGGCAUGGAAAUUCACAUCUGCCGAGUCGAUGGUUUCUUCCCCAAGGAGAUCAAAGUGACAUGGAGAAAGGAUGGAGAGGUCUGGCUGCAGGACACCUCCCAUGGGUUUGUUGCCCCCAACUCAGAUGGGACCUACCAUUUCUGGCUCAGCAUCAGGAUCAAUAGGAAUGACAGGAAUCACUUCCAGUGCCACGUGGAGCAUGAUGGCUUGCAGAAGCCUCUGAAUGUGGUCUUGCAGAUGCCUGCACUGCACCCAGGGGACAUCACAAUCAUUGUUCUGGCAGUCCUCACAGUUCCAUUUAUAUUGGUAGUUACUGUAUACUUGAAGUUGUACUGUGCUAAAAGAAUAUCCAAGAGACGAUGCGCUUUAGAGCCCAGAUGGGAGUUCAUGGUAUUCUGGCUUCUUUUGGCCAUUGGCCUGGUGUUGGUGAUUGCCAGAUUCAUUCAGUGGUUCAGGUGGAUCAAGAGUUUGCAUAAGAGUAACCCAGAGUCCACCGAUUCAGGCCAGAAUAACACCAAGGACUCUCUCCUGCAAGAGGAGUCUCACCUCUGAAAACAAUGCUGGUGAAGAAAACCAGCGGGACAGCCUCAGAUGUUAGUGGAGCUCUUAAAUUAAUCCCGUUUACAUUCUCUCCCUUACAACCUCUUAUGGUCCAGAAGAGAUGGGAAGCGCUUUCUGGUUGGAUUCCCCAGCCCCGCUCAUUCAGUGCGAGGAGACAGCCCUGGUUGCCAUUUGAUAUGGACAACCAGUGGGCCAUCUAGAACUUCUGAUCAGAAGACCUAGAAGAGGAUCCAGCUUCAGGCCAGAAAACCAAACUCCCCCAGUACUGCCGGUGGGGGACUAAUGGCUGCUUAACCGAUUCCUUUGCCUGGGAACUGACGCCAUGGUUGCAGGGGUAGAGCAGGAUCCCUGUAGUCUGAAGAAUUCUCCGGAUGUGAAGGAGAAUCCCUGAAAUCAACCCAGAUGCUCUCUGGACAGCCGUUUCUUGUGCGGAGAACCUGAAGCAGAAGUCUUUGUGACUGACUUGUGGUGAGCGGCUGGGAGACGGGGCUUUUCCAUCCUGUUUGAGGCUGUGCCGUAGCGGAAAUGUAGGACCCUGAAGCUGACCUCCCCAUUUCCAAAACACAUCUAAAAUGGUCUAUUACUCUUUUGGAUGAAGAGAGGCUUUUUUUGGCAACAGAUAAGUGUAUCUUCUUGGUGCCUUUCAUAUUUUCAACGCUUACUUAAAAAAAGAACUGAUUUGGACUUUGGGAUUUAUAUAUUGAGCAAAGAUUUGAAGGGCUGAAUUAUUGGGUGUUUUUAUGAAACAAGUGAAUUUGGUUUUCUGGACCUUAGAAAGUUAAUGUUGUUGAAUCUGUACUUGUGAGAUGGAAGCUUGAGAUUGCUGGUUAAAGAUUUCUGGGGGAAAGCUGCUUUUCCUCACUUUCCUGAGAUGCUUAUUGGAGGAGCUUUGUAAACUAAAGCACUCUGAAACCUUGCUUUUUACCCAGGUUUCUUCUGUCUGCAAGGCCUGUUACGGCUGCAGUUUACCAAGGUCCAUACGGUACCCACUCCAAUGAUGUUCCAGAAGGCCUUGACCUAGAAGGGG